UCUUAGGACCUCCGGCCUAGCCGGAUUCCAGGCAAGGGAGGCCACAUCCUCCUUUGGGGAGAGCGGGCUCGGGCCGGGCGGAAAGAGCUGGGGAGGACCUCCUCUCUGGCCGGGCCACACUGACCCAAAGGAACCAGCUUAUUCUCUCCCGACCCUGUCUCCCGUCCCCUAGAGCUGCCACGUGGGGAUGAGACUUGCGGGGUGGGUAGUGGGGGCGGCAACAGGAGGUCCGUGCCCCCAAAGCCUAGGCCACUGAACUCUGCAUUUAGGUCACUGGCCUACACUGCAAGUGAGCUUUAACCGUUCAUCUCUCCAUUAACCCAUUUUCCUUCUUCAGCCCCUCACCCUCGCUGACUUUUACUCUAUGCCGGGUCCAUUGGUAGAUUUUCUGAGAGAAUCUGACAGGCCCAGCCCUCUAGGAAUUUAAUCUAGAAUCUAGUGUAAAGAUUUUUAAAUACAUAAUUACAUUCAGAGUGAUUCCUACAAUGUUGGUGGCUUAAUAGAUAGCUUCAGAACCCAGAGGGAAAAGGAAGUAACUUGAGGGGAGGGGGGGAAGUGGAAAGCAACACAUCAGGGAAGGUUUCACUGAAGAAGGGACUUUUGACCUUGACUGGGCUUUGGAGGUUUACUAGGAGUUUGCAAAUUUACCAGAAUGGAAGGGAACAUUCCAGUAGGGGAAGCAGCGCAGGCUGCAGAGUUAUGAAAAGGCCUGCCAUGUUAGUGGAGCAGCAAGCAGCCCAAUAUUGCAAGAGAUUGUGGAGGACACCAUGAAGCAACUGCCAGUCUUGGAGCCUGGAGACAAGCCCAGGAAAGCAACAUGGUACACCUUGACUCUCCCUGGAGACAGCCCCUGUGCUCGAGUUGGCCAUAGCUGCUUAUAUUUACCCCCAGUUGGUGAUGCCAAGAGAGGGAAGAUCUUCAUUGUUGGGGGAGCAAAUCCAAACAGAAGCUUCUCAGACGUGCACACCAUCGAUCUGGGAACACACCGGUGGGAUUUGGCCACCUAUGAGGGCCUCUUGCCCCGGUAUGAGCAUGCCAGCUUUAUUCCCACCUGCACACCCAACAGGAUCUGGGUAUUUGGAGGUGCCAACCAAUCAGGAAAUCAAAAUUGUCUACAAGUCCUGAAUCCUGAAACCAGGACUUGGACCACACCAGAAGUGACCAGCCUGCCACCAUCCCCAAGAACAUUCCACACAUCAUCGGCAGCCAUUGGAAACCAGCUGUAUGUCUUUGGGGGCGGAGAGAGAGGCGCCCAGCCUGUGCAGGAUGUGAAGCUGCAUGUGUUUGACGCAAAUACUCUGACCUGGUCACAGCCAGAGACACUUGGAAAUCCUCCAUCUCCCCGACAUGGUCAUGUGAUGGUGGCAGCAGGGACAAAGCUCUUCAUCCAUGGAGGCUUGGCAGGGGACAAAUUCCAUGAUGAUCUCCAUUGCAUUGAUAUAAGUGACAUGAAAUGGCAGAAGCUAAGCCCCACGGGGGCUGCCCCAGGAGGCUGUGCUGCCCACUCAGCUGUGGCUGUGGGGAAGCACAUCUACAUCUUCGGUGGAAUGACUCCCACUGGAGCACUGGACAUGAUGUAUCAAUAUCACAUAGAAAAACAGCAAUGGACCUUACUUAAAUUUGAUACUUUCCUACCCCCUGGACGAUUGGACCAUUCCAUGUGUGUCAUUCCUUGGCCAGUGAUGUGUUCUUCUGAGAAAGAAGAUUCAAAUUCCGUCACUCUGAACUGUGAAGCUGAGAAAGGGAAUUCAGCCAACAAAGAAGUAACCCUGAGUGGUGACUCAUGUGAGGAAAGCCAGACCGAUGUGUUGGUCUGUUUUGUGUUUGGUGGGAUGAAUACAGAAGGGGAAAUCUACGAUGAUUGUAUUGUGACUGUGGUUGACUAAUAAAACCUACACUUUUAUUCUGUCAGAAAAGUUAA